AUGGCUGAAUCAAAUACCGUCAAAGAUAUCCGCGCAGUCGCCAAGGCCGAACUCCUCCAAGCGCACCCAAACAUACCGAUUGCAGCAAUGGAAGAGUUACUAGACAGCGUUGUCGCUGACACCGAGAAAGUGAUCAAGAAGCAAGACCCCAUCGCGCCCUGCAUCACCUUCUUCACCCUCCCAAACGAGCUGCGCACUAGAAUCUACCGACUCAUCGUCACUUUCAGCCCAUACUCGACUCUCUCAGCUCCCCUCCUCAUCCACGGCGACAUUGAGCGCCUUCUCGACACUGACUUCGUCUUCCCCGCCAUCCUCCAUACCUCGCAGCAGAUGAGACAAGAAGCGCAAGAAGUCUACUAUGGCCGGAACAAAUUCGUCGUUGAGCUGGGCUACGACUUCCUUACCAUUGAGGAUUUCGACAUCCCGGAGGUGCUCGAGUGGAUGAAAGUCGUUGGGAGAGAGAGGGUCAAGAUGAUCAAGUAUUUGGAGUUCAAUAUCAGGGUCUCACCGGAUGUUGAUCGUCCAAGUAUGUCGCUUGCGCUGUGUCAGAAGGCUAAAGCCUCGCCAGCGGCGUUAGAUUUGAGCAAGCCUGUGGAGAAGUGGAACAAGGAUGUGUUCUUGAACGCACUACCGCUGGUCAAGAUGGGAGUCUCGAUGAAGGUCAUCAAGCUUGUUGUUGAGAAGGCAUAG